AGAUAAAUACUAGAUCUAUAAAUAUAAAAUAUAGAUCUAUAUAUAUACUUAACAUAAUCUAUUUCUAGGUAGAUCUAGACUAGGUCUAGAUUCACUAGAUCUAGAUUCUUAUUCUCGAUCUUUUAAUUCUUUUCUGCUCCUAAUGACCAAAUCUGAGUCAAGUGAGUCUGAUUACUCUGAUUCAUUCUGGAAUUCUGAUUCUCUCUACUCACUCUACUCUGUGUGACUGUGACUACUCUGUCAGUGUCAGUCUGUCUCUGGACCUGAUUAAAUAUGAAGGUGAUAACACCUGAGUUUUCCUGGCAUGAGCGUGAUCCAGUUUACAGUGUCGACUUCCAGCCAGGCGACUGGCCUAUUCAGAGACUGGCUAGUGGUGGUGUGGAUAAAAUUGUCAGGAUUUGGCAAAUGACAUUAGAUUCAGAGGGGAAAGCAGUUGUUGAGUUUCUGUCAAACCUUAGAAGACACACCGCUACAGUUAAUGUGGUCAGGUUCUCUAAAAAUGGUGAACUAUUAGCCACGGCUGGUGAUGACACAGCAAUCAUCUUAUGGAAACUAAGUGACGCUUCUAUCCCUGCCAAUAAUAUCUUUGCUGAAGAGGAAGUUGAAGAAGACAAAGAAUCUUGGGUGUGUCAUAAAACUUUGAGGGGUCAUUUAUUGGAUGUUGCUGACAUCAGUUGGUCCAAAGAUAAUCGCUAUUUGGUAUCUGGUUCUGUAGACAACAGUGCCAUUGUCUGGGAUGUUGUGAAAGAUACUAAACUUGCCCUGUUUAAUGAGCAUAAAAGUUAUGUGCAGGGAGUGUCAUUUGAUCCUCUUGGAAAGUACAUCGCUACUCUUAGUGCUGACAGAUCUCUAAGACUAUACAAUUUAAGUUCGAAGACAUGUGUCAACAAUGUUAGUAAGAUGUCACUACCAGGUCAUCUCACCUCCUCCAGCCCAUCCGGAGAUGCUCAGGGGGAUUCUAAGCCGAAAUCCUUUCGAAUUUUCCACGAUGACAGUCUUCGGUCAUUCUUCAGACGCUUAGAAUUCUCACCUGAUGGUCAGUUAUUGGUCACGCCCGCUGGUUGUAUGGAACUAGGUGAUGGGAAAACUAUUAACUCUUCUUAUAUUUUUGCUAGAGGCGCUAUUUCAAAACCUGCCAUAUAUUUGCCUAGUGCCGAGAAGAGCACCACAGUAGUUCGAAUAAAUCCUCAACUAUUCCAGCUGAGACCAGUCACAGAUGAACCAGAAUCAACAGACAACCAAAAGCCUUGGGAGAAACACAAAUCAUUAUUUAGCCUUCCCUAUCGUAUUGUCUUUGCUGUCGCCACUGAGGACUCUGUUAUCAUUUACGACACGCAACAGACGAUGCCAGUUGGUCUUUUGAAAAAUAUUCAUUAUCAUCAGAUCAGCGACUUAUCGUGGACAGGAGACGGCAGAGCGCUGAUAGUCUCAUCCACCGAUGGCUUCUGUACCAUCGCAACUUUUGAAGAUAAUGAGCUUGGAAUACCAUACAUUGUCAAAACGCCAGAGACUCAAAAGUCAGCCCUGAGCAACUCCCCAACCACAAAAGUCAUUCUUGAUGUUUCUAUGGAAGUUGAAGAUGACGUCAAGACACCAGAGAAAAUGGAUCUUCCAUUCUCUAAUUACUCCGAAAGCAAAUUACCUUCCAAACCAACUACACCUCCUUCACCACAGGACACAACUAAAGCGCCAUCUACUCCAUCAGAAACUCUGACAACACCGAGUACCCCAACAUCUACAUUAAGUGGAUCAACUAAACAGGACUCAUCGGACUCCGACCAUAAAAAAGAAAGUUUGUCUGAUUCUGUGAAUCAAAUAACCUUAAAGGAUGCAGAACUGUCAGAGGCUGCAGGCUUUUCUGAUGUUAACGACAAAUCAACAGAAGAAAAGAAGGAAGCACCCAAGAAAAGGAGGAUACAGCUCAUUACCCUGGUAAAAUAAUUAAUGUGCAAAAGUGAUCCUCAUAUUCAUUACGCCGGCUUAUAGACAUUUGAUUAUAGAUUCUUUUGUCUCCAUUAUGUUGUCUGAAGUUUGUAUUUGAUUUUACAGAGGAAAAUCCUUGACUAUCUCUGUAUUGUUUUUUGUUUGUAUAUGUUUUACAAAUUUCUGAUGUUCUUUCCGAAUUGAAGAUUAUUACAUCUUCCACAAGAUGUUGGAUGAUGGCGGCAAGCAGGGUUUGAACCCGGUACCAUGACGCUGACAGACCAGAGCAUGCGACACACUUUCUUUCUGCGAUUGUGAUUUUUUUUUUUGCAACAAUAUUAUCUGCCAAUUUUUAAAAAAAUAAUAAUAAUUCUGCAAUAGUGGCAAGAAAGAGGGGAAAAAUUUAUAUCAAUCAUUAUUUUUAUUGCACUUUAACAAUCAGAAUCAAUAGUUCAGUUUUAGACAUGUUUAAACUUAAUUAAAAGAUUCUUUAAUGUAGGUUAAAUUCUACUUUAUUUUAGCUUUUUUUUUUUUUAAACGGUUUACUGCCUGUGCAUUGAUUAAAUGGAACAGGGGUAUUCUGUAUAUAAUGUUGUAUUUUAAACAGACCUUGCUUUUAUGCCUAAUAUGUAAAUUAAAAAAAACAAAACUUUUUUGUAACCUUCCAUACAAAAAGUGUUUUUUUGUGACAUGAAUAGAUUCAAAAAUAAUCUUUGACUUUAUUAUUUCAUAGGCUGUAUUUCAGAGCCAUAUCAAAUUGAGAACUAUUCUGUUCAUUUAUAAACCAUUUUUAACUUCAAUCUUAUUUUUUUUCAUGUAAUGAUUUUAACAGACAAUACCUUUCGUUGUAGCAAAUAUGAUUUUGGGAUUGUAACCCUGAGAUUCUAAUAGGUUCAAAUGAUUCCAAGGCCCCUCCUGACUAAUGCUUUCUGGUUUAGGUGCCAGAUACUUGCCUAUGACGCUUCUCCUGUCAGUGUUAACAGUUCUGUGGGUCCCAAUAUCUGAUCCAUUUGAAAUGCAUACAAUCAGAAGCAUUUUAUAGGUAGUGGAGUGCUCAUCUCCCUUUCCACAUCUUGUAAUAAGAAUAAGAUCCUUUAAAGUCUCUGACCAAAUUAUGGUAACAGACAUGAUCCAAUGAUUCUAAAAACGUGACCAGUUUUAAUACUGUAUUACUCUCUAUGACCUGGUUAGUUUUAGUAAAUGAACAUAACGCUAUGCAUCUUUUAUUGACUUGAAAUUUUUGUCACAUAAAUGAUUAAAAUGAUUAUUAUAACUUAGGAUAUGUUGUUGACUGAAAAUGUCAUAAAAUAACUCUUAAUUUGUUUCAAUUUUUACAUCUUUGUCUUGUAUAGUAUAAGGAUUUAACUGUGAAUAAUGUUCAAAGACACUCAAUAGAUAAAAUAUGACUAUGCUUCUCUACAUGUUUAUUCAUAAAGCUGAGGAACAUGUUCAGUCAUUAAAACUAUGAAGAUUUCUC